AUGAGCCCACCGGGGCCGAAAGUGAAGCUGCCAGAAAGAGGGAUCAGCUGUCCACUGAGGUUCCCGGGCACAGUGGUGAAGAAGCACGGUGGCUGCCACUCACCUGAGUUCGAUCCCGGGUACCUGCCUCAAGUUUACAACGAGGAGGGCCACUGCGAGACAGCGGACACCCUCAGUUCUCUGGCCUUCAGUGAGCACGAACUGCCCCCCAACGUGCUGGACGGCUUGGGCUCUACAGUGACCGCGCUAGAAGGGCAACUGUAUCCUGAGUCAGGUCUUCCUUCCUGA